AUGCUCCUGAAUAUGAAUAAAUGUAACUUGCAGCAAGUGAAAACGAUAGAAGAUGCUCCACGUAACUUUAAGUUAGGAGCUGCUUUAUUCAACUUUGUCUGGUAUAUGGUGAAACUACCAAAUCCUGAGAGUUUAACAUAUGAAUAUGAAGAUGAAAAUGAAGAGAAGUUUGAACUCCUUUACAGAUCUGUGCAGAAGGAUGAACUGAGAAUUUGGGUGGUUGAUCCUGAAAAAGCAGUUUCUGCAGAGCUGAAUAAAAAAGCUGAAAAGCCUUCUCCUCUAUCUCGUAUUUUGACCAAAGAGUUCUUCAAUUUGGGACAGGAGAUAAGACUGACAAUGUAUCCCACAUUUCACAGAUACGAAACAGCAUUCAAUUCUGCAGAGGGGUAUGUACUGAAGAAAGGGAUCACCAAAAUAAAUGGCUUGGACUCUAAUUUGAACCAUGCAGCCAAUCUGGCAAUGGGAGAUUCCUUUAAAGGCCACAACCAAGAUAACAACUACUCUGUGACAGAACACCAGUGUGACUGUCCGAAAGCUAGUGUUCACUUUAAAGAAAAACAAAUAGUUGAUUUAUUCACUGGAAUCUUUGAAAACGUGAGGCUUUACCUGAAUACCAGCGAGACCAAAUCCACACCAAAUGGAUCAACUCCAAACCGCCCAAAGGAAACAACUGGUGUUUUAACUGUGGAAUUCCAGAUUAAUCAUAUGGAGUAUACUUGUAAAUUGACAUCCAGAAGGGUUUCACAUAUUUCUGUGGGCUGCCCUCUGAAGAAACACUUAAGAGUAAAAAGACCCAGUCUAACCGGAUGUGAAACCAAAAAUCUCUCUCAUUACAUAGUUCCUGGGUCAGUAUUAAGAAAUCCUCAGCAGAAUGAUGUGCUUGUGCUUUACGACAGGAAAAGAUUUGGUUGCCCCAUUAGGGUUUAUUACAAAACACCUUUCAAGCCAGUUUUAGAAUUGUAUAUGGGUGAAAAAUUCCUCAGUAAUGUAUCUGCCAAUUACAUUCUUUGGGAAGAAGAGGAGAGGACCGACUUCUACUAUAAUACAACUAUGCUACAGGCUGGUUGUCAGCGGGAAGCACAGACGUGGGAAUAUAUGCUUGCAAUGCACAAAACACAACAGAAGACAACAAACCAUGUCUGGGGUCCUUGGAAUUACAGGUCUUGCUUUGAAUCUCAUGGAUCGGUUAAAAACAUGGAUAGACCAUACGAAAUCCUGAACUCAACAGGCUCGAUGUACCUGACGUGGCCAACUGAUCAUACUGGAGUUUACGUUUUCACGGUGAAAAUAGUGGACCCCAAUUUCAGUUUCUGUGAAUUGACAGCUGAAUUUGCCGUAGAAACGUAUGGCGUCACAAUCAGAGAAGACGGCACUAUAAUUGUCUCUUUGGUGUGGUCCUUUAUAUUUAUUCUACUCUGCAGUUUUGCCUACAGUUACUAUAAGUAUAUGAAGAUCUUUGGAGAGAUGCUGUACUACAAACAAAUUAAAUACGCUCGAUAA